AAAUCACCUCCAAGUGAAAUAAUUUUAUUUUAGAGAGUCCUUAAACGUUGCAACGUCACAAAAGCCCAAUCUUUACACCAAUAUGUUAAUAUCUUAAUUUAGGAUUUGAAAUUUGUCUUGCAUUUGUGACAUUUUGUUUUAGUUUCCAAACUUUUUUAUUACUAAUCUGUCUUGUCAUGUUAUUGUCUUUGAACUUUCUAUUAAGACUCGAACAAAACAUUGCCAUAAAUCCGCCUUUUAACUCAAAACGUCACAUGCAGCAAUGAAUUGUGGGUAAUGCAGUUCGCCAUCGUUUUUAAGUCUUGUUAACAUUUCUAGUCUUGAACGCUCACAAAAAAGACAAAGCUUCCGGUUGAAAUAUUUGAUUUAGAAAUAAGAGACAGGAGAAAACGUUAAGAUUUCUUUCACAAAAUAAAUAUUUUUUCUCGUCUUGUCGUCACGUGUGUAGCAACGUUUUACUCUGAAUUGAAUUAUUUUUUAGUUUUAUGUUUUGAUACCCUGUGGGCUGUAGUACAGACCAUAGACUGAAGGGGGCCAAAGAUGGACGCUGCCUAGAUCACCAUGGCAACAGACUUUGUGAAGAGAAAGAAAACAAAAAACAAAAAAAAAAACACAAAUUUUCUUAGGACCUUAUUUUGAAAGCCCUUAACGGAAGUUAACAGUAGAGAUAAGCUGACACGAAAACUAGCAGCGGGUUUCCUGCUCGGCUCAAAAAGAAAAUGUCCCGCUUCCCGGUGUGUCCCCGCCGCAGUGUCUCCGUCCGUCUCUGUCUGUGUCUCCCAGGUGAUCGUCAUGGACGGACCAGACCAUCCGGGUCGGUUCUGCCGGGUCAGCGAACCAUCGCAGACAUUCCGCUUCCCGGGCCAGGCGCUGGAGGUUCUGCGGGGAUUCAGCGAUCAGCGCCAGCAGACCCGGUUCUGUGACGUGGUUCUGGUGGCGGCGGGCCGGCGGUUCCAGGCCCAUCGGGCCGUGCUGGCCAUCUGCAGCCCCUACUUCCAGGCCAUGUUCACCCUGGGCAUGAGGGAGGAGCUCCAGCCGGAGGUGCAGAUAGUGGGGGUGUCCUCUGUGGGUCUGGAGGCGGUUCUGGACUUCCUGUACAGCGGACAGCUGCAGCUGGACGGAGGAAAUGUCGACGACGUGCUGGAGGCCGCGCACCUGCUGCAGCUGUGGCGAGCCGUGGAUUUCUGCUGCCAGUACCUGGAGCAGCAGGUGAGCGAGGAGAACUACCUGGACCUGCAGCAGGUGGCCCGGUUCUACAGCCUGGAGCGGCUGGACAGCUUCAUCGAUCGCUGGGUUCUGGCCCGGUUCUCCAAGCUCCGCCUCACUCCAGACUUCCUCCAGAACCUUCCGCUGCACAAGCUGACCUCCUAUCUGUCCAGCAGCCAGGUCCAGUAUGACAGCGAGCAGAACCUCCUGCAGGCCGCUCUGCAGUGGCUGGGCCAGAACCCGGACCGGACUCCCCACGCCAACCAGCUGCUGGCCCACAUCCGGUUCCCUCUGAUGCCGGCUGGAGAUCUGGUGGGACGGGUUCUUCCGGCGAUCCGGGCCCAGUUGCCCGACGGAACCGGCUGCCAGCAGCUGGUGGAGGAGGCGUUGCGGUACCAGGCCCGGCCCAGCGCCCAGCCGCUGCUGCAGACGGACCGAACCGCGCUGAGGGGCGGGGCGGAGAGGCUGAUGCUGAUUGGUGGAGAGGUGGGUGAGCGCGGCCAGGAGCUGAGCGGCAGCGUGUGGCGACUGGACGGCGAGUCGGUCCGCUGGGAGCUGCAGGGGCAGCUGCCUGCGCCGCGCAGCCACCACUGCCUGGCGGUUCUCGGAGGUUUCAUCUAUGCCGCGGGCGGCAGCGCCUCCAGGGACAACGGCGGAGACGCCGCCUGCAACCGGCUGCACCGCUACGACCCGCGCCUCGAACAGUGGACCGAGGGGGCGCCGAUGAAACAGCGACGGGUCGACUUCUACCUGGCAGCCGUUGGCGAGUCACUGAUCGCCGUGGGGGGCAGGAAUGCCAGCGGGGCGUUGGCGUCCGUCGAGUUCUACCGCCCUGCCGAGGACCGCUGGGCCUAUGGACCGCCGCUGCCCAGGUAGGGACCCCACUAGUGGGCAGGGCGCUUUUC